UGAGUUGUGGGGUUUCUGCUUUGAGUCAGGGUUUUGGAGGGCUGGUCUAGAGCAUGGGGAGACAUUGAAAGUGCUGAAGCAGGGAAUGGGGCUGAGGGGUGGAGGAUUUGACAUGGGAUGUGUGAGCUGAUGAGCGCAAGGCUGCAGGCCAUGGCACUGGAGCUCUGGGGUGUGAUGGGAGCUGCUGCAGGUGGUCCUCGGGCUGGCUGUGACUGAGUGGCAGAGAAGGUGGUGGUGGGAAGGCAGCUCCUGGCCUUGCUGAGAUGCUUUGAGAGGUGGCGGAUGCGCUGGCUUUGCUGGCUGCUGCUUCUGGGCUCAGGCUCAGCCUGUCCUCUUGGUGUUUUCUCCUCCUUUCCUGGCAGGGCUUGAGGUGUUUGGUUUCUGUGGGUAAUUUAUCUUUCUGCUUGGAGCAGCAAUUUGCUGAUUUUGUUACUGUAGGGAAUUUACAGCUUUGGGAAUGUGGCUUUUUAAGUCUGUGAUAUGGUUUUGGGUUUAAGGAUGAGGUGGCACAUUUGUGUUCCUAGACAGUGGCUUCAGCGCAUUUUGGAAAGGAGUGGAGAGAGCAGAGGAGAACUACGUAGGCUACGUUGCUCUGGGGUGUAGCUUAUAGACCUUUACCAAAAUUGGUGGAUUGCAAACUGAUCCGCAGUAUCUUGGUGAUGAGAUGAGCUGGCAAAACAGGAAGAUAACCCCGUGGUCCGUGUCAUGCAGUAAAGAAAACACCAAGGAAGUUUGGCGGAGUUCACUGAACUAUGUGGCGUUCCAGAUGUUGGAAAAGAGAUGCACAAAGCCUCCAACAUACGUGGGAUAGAGAGGGGGGAAGAUAACCUUACAGCUGCCAUUGUCAUGUGUGGUCAUGUUACAGAAGUGCCUGCAGAAAGCUUUGUCCCUUCAAAGAGGGACAAAGGGAAGAGCUGCCCCUCCUGGUUCUCGUUAGCCAUCUGGUGCUCGGGACAAACUACCCUGGCAAGUGAGGGAGCCAGCGAGCGUCCUUUGGCCCUUCUGACCCUGUACAGAAUCACACAUCAGAAAGUAUUAAAUUGCAUCAUGUAUCCUUAAGUGAAAGGAGAGGAUUUGUUUCCUAACCUUCUGGUUGUUGUACAAUUGUUGGAAGAAGCACCUUGAGCUUCUCCUCUGUGUUGCUCAGCCCUAAGCUAAGUGUAACUUGGCAAGUUGGGAGAAAGACCUCGACACUGUCGCAGGUGGCUCGGGCUGCCCAGGUCAGAGGAUGCACAAGGAGGCUGAACUCAUUUUUAUUAAAAGAUGGGGAGAGAAGAAUACUGCUAUUACAGAAAUCCAUCACACGCUCCCUGUGAAUGCUGUGCUCAUGGUUUGAGGGUGUGAGGGAGAGAAGAAUGGAAAUCCUGAAACAGUAAUUAAUGUCUGUGAAGGACACCGCAUGAAAGGUGGGAAGAGGUAUCAGGAAAAAGGGAGCAGACUGAUUCUGAGCAGUAAUGCAACACAGGGUAAAUGGCUUGCUUCUGUUUAGCCUCUUGGAUAACAGGAAUACUGGAAUAGCCCCUCCUGGUAAAGAGAACACCAGGAUUCAGGGGCGUAAUUUAACCCUGGGGAUGUGUUGCUGCCAGAUGUGGAGGCAGAAGUUUCACAGGCUCACUGUCCUGCUGAUGAGGCAGGUCCAAUUACAGCUGUGCUUGCAUUUAAGCUGUGGCCUGUGCAGCUCUGCCCGUGAGCAGGAGGCAGCACUGUCAGGUCACACUGUCAGGGCUGCUGUGGUCACCCCACAUGAGGCGAGGCUGGUCACACCCUGAUCCCUAAGAACAGAGCGAGUUCUCUCACCAUAGCCAAGUGAAGGGGCUGCUAACCACACAGAGCAUCGGUCGCCAAUUGUGGUUUGAUCCUCUGACUUCAGCAAUUUCCUGUUGAUUAGGAAGCCAGCAGCUUUGUGCAGAUGCUGCUUUCAGUCUGAAAAGGCAGAGAGGCAGAGUGCUUGGCUGCAGAGACAGCAUCUGUAUCAGACCUCCUCCAUGGUGGUUCAGAGCAUGAGGGCUUUUCUUGAGCUGGCAGAGCAGGAUGUUAGAAUGCAGGAUGUGAAGAGACCAUAGAGCUCUCCCAGCAGCCCGCUCUGCUUUGUGCCCGUGUACAGCACCCACUUGCUGUUACACUGUUGUUCUGCAGCGAAUUUUGCUGGCGCCUUCCGGCUCUUGAUCCAGACACCCCCUGUUCAGUCUGUUCCUGUUGGCUCUGCUGGGCUCCUCUUUUUCUUAGCAUCUCCCCUUAUCUGUACUGUCCCUCAGCUCAGGCUCCCUCUCCCUGCUGUGUCAAGCUGGAUUGAAAGCUCUAUCUCUAGAGACGAAGCUGCCUGCUGUCAGAAAACACGGUCAUCCCUUCUCUCAUCCACAGAGACCACACUCCCAAGAACAGCGUAACUUAAAACUGGAAUUAACUGCUUAGGAAGAGAGAGUGGGAGACACUAGCUGAGACAAGUCCUGGGAGAGCCCCAAAGGAAACCUUUAUACUUCUGAGGGCGUGGGUUCCCUGUCAGUUGUGUAGGCAAGACUUCAGUAGGGUGGAGGGGUGAGUAGGACCCUCCAGAGUGGCCAGAAGUGCUCCUGGGCAGAGACUGUGAGGCUUGGUGACUGGAAGGUACUUUUUUUUUGUGGAGAAAAGCCGUUUUGUCCAGGUGGAGAGUAAGGGUUGUUGCUUGUUUCUCAGCAGUGUCGCUUGCUGCCUAAGCUACAAGUUAGAGGGCUGAAGUUCGGGCCGUCCCUUGCCCCAUGUGUGAUCACAGGGCACACACAGAGCUUUUGCACUGGGAAGGUAUCACGGUGGCGGGAGUGGAGAACCUGCCCUUCUGCCAAAGCUCUUGUAGGAUGCAGCAGGUCCUUCCCAAAGCCUCCCAAGGAGUGACUCUUCCCCUACUUGCAAGAAUAUUGUGGCAGGAGGGGUGAAAGAUGGGAGCUGGACCGUGCUGCAGCUUGUGGAAGCCCUGGGGUCUUGCCUGGAGAACACAGAUCAUCGGACACGUGGACGAGGCAUCCAGCUGCUAUCACAAGUCCUGCUCCAGUGUUACUCCCUUCUCCAGGAGAAGGAAGUGCUGCAUCUGGUCCUGUUCUAUGAGAACCGGCUGCAAGAUCAUCACCUUGUGAUCCCCUCAGUGCUCCAGGGACUCCGAGCACUGAGCAUGUGUGAGGUGCUGUCUCCAGGGUUAGCAGUGUCUGUGCUCAAAGCCAUCUUUCAGGAGGUACAUGUGCAGUCGCUGCUGCAGCUGGACCGCCACACAGUCUACAGCAUCAUCACCAACUUCAUGGGCACCAGGGAGGAAGAGCUGAAAGGCCUGGGUGCUGACUUCACCUUUGGCUUCAUCCAGGUGAUGGAUGGAGAGAAGGAUCCCCGCAACCUGCUGGUGGCCUUCCAGAUUGUGCGUGAUCUCAUUGCCAAGAACUAUGCCCUGGGUCCGUUUGUGGAGGAGCUGUUUGAAGUGACAUCCUGCUACUUCCCCAUUGAUUUUACUCCACCUCCCAAUGACCCUCAUGGCAUCCAGAGAGAAGACUUGAUCCUGAGCCUCCGGGCUGUGCUGGCCUCCACACCACAGUUUGCUGAGUUCCUUCUCCCUCUGCUCAUUGAGAAGAUGGACUCAGACCUGCAAAGUGCCAAGCUUGACUCCCUGCAGACGCUGACUGCUUGCUGUGCCGUUUAUGAGCAGAAGGAGCUGCAGGAAUUCCUCCCCAGCCUCUGGUCAGCCCUGCGCAGGGAGGUGUUCCAGACAGCGAGUGAGAAGGUGGAGACAGAGUGCCUGGCCGCACUGCACGCCCUCUCUGCCUGUCUCUCCCGCUCUGUGCUCAGCUCUGACACCGAGGACCUGCUGGACUCCUUCCUCAGCAGCAUCCUGCAAGAUUGCAGGCACCACCUGUGCGAACCUGACAUGAAGCUGGUGUGGCCAAGUGCCAAACUCCUGCAGGCGGCAGCAAGUGCCUCCCUCCGUGCCUACCACCGUGUCACCUCCAGCGUCCUGCCCCUGCUGCUGGAGCAGUACACCAAACACCCGCAGAGCAGCCAGAGGAGGACAAUCUUGGAAAUGCUGCUGGGCUUCCUGGAGUUGCAGCAGAAGUGGGGACAUGUGGAAGAAGAUGAGAGCACUCUGCUGUUGCUCCGAGACCAGGUUUGCUCUGUAGUGUUCUCGGCGCUGACGGAUCCCAGUGUGCAGCUGCAGCUGGUCGGGAUCAGGGCACUGAUGGUCCUGGGCUCCCUGCAAGGCUUUCUGUCUCCCUCUGAUCUGGAGCUGGUUGUGGAUCACCUCAUCCGUCUGGCUCUGCGUGAGGAGGAUUCCCAGAGCAGUGAAGCAGCAAUGGAGGCAGCCGGAACUCUGGCCCCUGUCUACCCGAAAGUUUUCAUUGGGUGCAUGAUACCCAGGCUUGAAGAGGAGCUGCAGUCAGAGCGAGAGGAGAGCUCCCGUGACCACUGCUCCCUGCGGCAGCGCUGCCUGCAGGCCCUGGCAGCCGUGUCCACCCACACCAGCAUCGUGAGGGAGACCGUCCCUGUCCUGCUGCAGCAUCUCUGGAAGGUGCAGAAAGGGAGCGAGGCCGGGAACGCCCGAGACGUGGUCUCUGCGUGCCAGAGCCUGCACCGCGUGGCCCUGCAGUGCCAGCAGGAUGCGGAGAGCUGCUGGUUCUACCACCAGGCUGUGGUGCCCUGCCUGCUGGCCAUGGCCGUGCAGGCUGCCGUGCAAGAGAGCGCCCGCCCGCUGCUGGACAAGGCGCUGCUGGAGGAGGAGGUGCUGGCUGCCAUGGUCCCCGUCAUCAGCGCUGCCACCACCCACCUGAGCCCAGAGCUGGCUGCCCAGAGCGUCUCUCAUGUGGUGCCCCUCUUCCUGGAUGGAGAGGUCUCCUUCCUGCCCCAGAACAAUUUUCCCUGUUCCUUCCAACCCUUCCAGGAUGGGGAGUGCUUGGAGGCACAGAGACGGCUGGUCGCCCUCCUCAUGGCCUUCAUCUGCUCCUUGCCCCGCAAUGUGGUAAUUCCUCAGCAGGAACGGCUGCUCCGGGAGCUGCUGGCACUGACCUGCUCCUGCAAUUGCCCCUUCACGGCCACCACAGCUGCCAAGUGUUUUGCGGGGCUAGUGAACAAGCAUCCAGCAGGACAGCAGCUGGAUGAGAUCCUGGAGCUUGCAGUGAACACGAUGGAGCCCAGCCUUGCAGAGGGGUCCCGCCGAAUGCAGGCACUCACCCUGCUGCUCUGGGUGACCAAAGCCUUGGUGCUGCGCUACCACCCCCUGAGCUCCCGCCUGACAGACAAGCUGCUGGGCCUGCUGGGCGAUGCAGAGCUGGGCCCUGCUGCAGCUGACGGCUUCGCACUGCUCAUGGCCGAGUCCCCGGAUGUGCUGCACAAGGGCUGCCACGCUGACGUGCGCAUCAUGUUCCGACAGCGUUUCUUUACCGACAAUGUCCCCAAGCUGGUGCAGGGCUUCCACGGGGCUGGCCCCGAUGUGAAGGCCAAUUACCUGAAGGGUUUGUCCCAUGUGCUUAACCACCUCCCCAAGCCUGUGCUGGUGACAGAGCUGCCUACGCUGCUUUCCCUCCUGCUUGAGGCCUUGUCCUGCUCAGACCGCGUGGUGCAACUCUCCACACUUAGCUGCCUCCAGCCACUGCUGCUCGAAGCUCCCCAGAUCAUGAGCCUGCAUGUCGACACACUGGUCACCAAGUUCCUCAGCCUCACCUCCAGCCCCACCAUGGCUGUCCGCAUCGCCGCCCUGCGCUGUGCCCAUGCGCUCACCAGCCUGCCCACAACAGUGCUGCUCCCCUACAAGGCCAGAGUUAUCCGGGCGCUGGCCAAGCCUUUAGAUGACAAAAAGAGGCUUGUGCGGAAGGAGGCAGUAGCAGCACGGGGGGAAUGGUUCCUCCUGGGGAGCCCAGGCAGGUGAGCCCCCUGCAUCCCAUCCCUGUGCUGACUGACAACGUGAACGGCCCCCCGCUAACCUGGCAAGCCCUCCAACUGACGCCACAGACCCUCGGAGCUCAGGACCUGCUCAGAGUGCCAGCAGUGGAGCAAGGGGACCAGCAGACGGCACCCCUCACCGUGGCACCUUCCUGGCACCCCUGCCUCCUUCCCAACACCUGCACAAGGGAAAGAGCUGUGCUGCUCAGGGCGCGCCCAGACUCCUGCAGCCGGGAACACCAAUGGACAGACUCACCGUGUGUGUGGAGAGGGCAGGCCCAUGCAUACGUGUACAGUGUGGGACAACUCCUGUGCCAGAGGAAUAAACGUUCUGUUUGGUAAUGC